GGAGUUCAUAAUUUGCAAGAGCAAGACAGGGACUAAAGUUUCAAAAUCAUUCCUUGCUUCGGCUCUCUUUAUCCUUGAUUUGGUCAAGCUUCAGGGCUCUUCACAGAGCCAUUGAUGUCAAACCGCAUUGCAAACGUAUCGGUUGAAGGUGACAUAGGGAUGUCAGAGAGGAGAACUAGCAACGAAGGAGAAGUUGUCAUCAAUGUUUCAGAAGCGUCAAGAGACCAAUCAGCAUCACCUUCCAAGGUAGCUGAGUCACAUGCGGGGAAUCCAAAACCAGAUCCGUUAAUCAUCCCACCUCCUGAAAGCUAUAAGUUCUCUGGCAGCACUCAUAAGCCGCCUAAAGUUCCAACUGAAGGUCUAACUCGGAGGAAAUCUCUUGCGAGGUCGGUUUACUCCAAGCCCAACUCAAGGUUUGGGCAACAACAGUCCUAUCGGUACGACAAAAGUACUAUAGUUGAGGAAAAUGGUGGAACCCUUAGGGAACAUUUUGGAGCUGCCUCAUUUUCAAGGAACUCAUUUAAUAGAGCUUCCCCUAAUAACAAUUCGAAUAGGAGUGUUCGCUCAAAUGCCAUGAGUAAAGUUGCUGAGGAGGAAACCGAUGAAAAUGAAGAAAUCUACGAAAAGGUUAAGCUGCACCGAGUGAAGCGUGGUGGAAUGAGACCUCUGGCUCUGCUUGAGUUUCUACUGUUUGUAGCCAUUCUUUGCACUUUGGUCGUGAGUUUAACAAUUGAUAAGGUGAAGGAGCGUUGCAUUUGGGGAUUGGUAGUUUGGAAAUGGUGCGUUCUUGUGAUGGUGACUUUUAGCGGCAUGUUGGUGACGAACUGGUUCAUGCAUUUAGCGGUGUUCAUCAUAGAGAAGAACUAUCUUCUACGUAAGAAAGUGUUGUAUUUUGUGCAUGGUCUGAAGAAGAACGUUCAAGUCUUCAUUUGGUUCAGUCUGGUCCUAGUUGCUUGGGUUUUUCUGUUCGACCAUGACGAGAAGCGCUCUCGUAAGGCCACCAAGUUUCUCGACUUCAUAACUUGGACUAUCGUCUCCCUUCUGGUCGGGUCAAUCAUUUUCUUGGUGAAGACAUUUGCCUUGAAAAUCCUUGCUUCAAAGUUCAACGUCAGAAACUUCUUCGAGAGGAUUCAAGAGUCUGUCUUCCACCAGUACGUUCUCCAGACACUCUCGGGACCUCCGCUUAUAGAAGAGGCAGAGAGCGUUGGGCGCGUGCCGAGCACUGGCCAUCUUAGUUUCACGAGCACCAAGAAUGGAACGGUGAAAGGGAAAAAAGUGCUUGAUAUGGGAAAGGUUCACAAGAUGAAGCAAGAGAAGGUCUCUGCUUGGACAAUGCGAGUUUUGAUUGAAGCUGUUGGAGCUUCAGGUCUCUCGACCAUAUCCAACACUUUGGAUGAGUGUAGCAAUCAGAAAGAGAAAGCUGAUAAAGAGAUAACUAACGAGAUGGAGGCUGUGGCUGCUGCUUAUGAUAUUUUCAACAAUGUUGCUCAGCCAAACCAGAAUUACAUAGAGGAAGAUGACUUGCUAAGGUUCAUGAUUAAGGAAGAGGUAGACCUUGUACUCCCAUUAAUAGAAGGUGGUGAGACCGGAAAAAUCACACGCAAUGCUUUUACAGAUUGGGUGGUUAAUGUUUACACAAGUAGGAAAGCAUUAGGACAUUCACUAAACGACACAAAGACAGCGGUUAGACAGGUGGAUAAACUUAUAACUGCAGUCUUGUCGGUUAUCACCUUCGUCAUUUGGUUGGUACUUCUGGAUAUAGCAACAACCAAGUUUUUGGUGGUUAUGUCUUCACAAUUCGUGGGUCUUGCUUUCAUGAUUGGAAGCACUUGCAAGAAUAUCUUUGAAUCCUUUGUGUUUGUCUUCGUGAUGCACCCUUAUGACGUCGGUGAUCGUUGUGUUAUUGACGGCGUGGCGUUGCUGGUUGAAGAAAUAGAUCUUUUAACUACCGUGUUCCUCAAGCUUGACAAUGAGAAAGUGUUUUACCCAAAUGCGGUUUUAGUCUCAAAACCAAUAAGCAAUUUCUACAGAAGUCCUGAUAUGGGAGAUUCAAUAGAAUUCUCCAUCGCAUUCGCAACGCCGGCCGCGAAAAUUGCCACUCUCAAGGAAAAAGUAACAGAGUUCUUGGUGCAGAACCCACAAAACUGGUAUCCAGAACCAUUGUUGAUGGUGAAGGCGAUUGAGAAUGUGAACAAGCUGCAUUUGAACCUUCUCGUAACACACACCAUGAACUUCCAAAACUUUGGAGAGAAGAAUGUAAGAAGAACCGGGCUGAUCAUUGCUCUUAAGCGAAUACUCGAGGAGCUUGAGAUUGAUUACACCCUUCUUUCCCAAGAAGUCCACCUCACCGGUCACAAAUGAGUGGAAGACCAAUCUUCCUUAUCUCCUUAUUGCAUUUACUAAAGUAGUACUAGUUUGCUUCGUUUGCUUCAGUUUAAUUUUCAACUCACAGAACUUAAUGUGGUUUCCGUGUUUACUUUUCGGUAUGGGUUCCUUUUUGUUUUC